UUCCUCCUCCUAGGACCCCGAGGAGUCCGAGUGCCUGGCCUCGUUCUCUCCGGUGCCCUCUGCCAGGGUCGGAUGACAGUGUGGGCAGGCAAGAAUCGCCGCGCCACGGCCUUCCGGAACAAGCGGCAGGCACCGGCGGGCCAGGAGCUCCCUGACCUGGGCAGCCGCGGAGGAACAGGAUAACAGGUGGUGUAUAAACCCUGGGCUCUGACCUUCUCUCUCAUGAGGUGGAACCGCCAUUUGCCCAGGGCCUUUUGGAACUCUGGCCUGGGAAGAGUACUCCAGACAGCAGAUGAGAGUAUCCCCUUCAUGAUCCACUGGAAUUGGGACCUUAAAGGGGAGUGUCCCCUUGAGCCUUCUAGGGUCUUUGUACGCCACUAUGGAAGCUCAGUGGGCAGUGGUCCCCCAUCAGGGAGGCAUGGACAGUUGUUCCAGAGUGUCUCUGCAACUGAAGCCAUCCAGUGGCAUCGCCGGAACCUGGCUGAGUGGUUCAGCCGCCUGCCCAGGGAAGAGCGUCAGUUUGGCCCAACCUUUGCACUAGACACAGUCCAUGUGGACCCUGUGAUCCGUGAGAGCACCCCUGAUGAGCUUCUUCGCGCACCUUCAAAGCUAGCCCUGGAAUAUCAGCCGCCCCCAGCCAGGCUUCCCACAUUGGCCCUGUCUCAGCUCUUUGACUCAGAUGCCUGUGGGCGACGGGUGCAGACAGUGGUUCUGUAUGGGACGGUGGGCACAGGCAAGAGCACACUGGUACGCAAAAUGGUCCUGGACUGGUGUCAUGGGCAGCUGCCAGCCUUUGAGCUGCUCAUCCCCUUCUCCUGUGAGGACUUGUCAUCCCUGGGCCCUGCCCCGGCCUCCUUGUGCCAACUUGUGGCCCAGCGUUACACUCCCCUGAAGGAGAUUCUGCCCCUGAUGGCUGCAAUUGGGUCCCGCCUGCUAUUUGUGCUUCAUGGCUUAGAGCGUCUCAACCUGGACUUCCGGCUGGCAGGCACAGGGCUUUGCAGUGACCCUGAGAAGCCAGAGGCACCAGCUGCUAUCAUAGUCAAUCUGCUGCGCAAAUAUAUGCUGCCUGAGGCCAGCAUCCUGGUGACCACCCGUCCCUCUGCCAUCGGCCGCAUCCCCAGCAAAUAUGUGGGCCGCUAUGGCGAGAUCUGUGGCUUCUCUGAUACCAACCUGCAGAAGCUCUAUUUCCAGCUCCGCCUCAAUCAACCUGACUGUGGGCAUAGUGCUGGGGUGGGUGUCUCAGCUACGUCAGCUCAGCGUGACAGCCUGAUGGAGAUGCUCUCCAGGAACCUGGAAGGGCACCACCAGAUCACUGCUGCCUGCUUCCUGCCCUCCUAUUGCUGGCUUAUUUGUGCCACCUUGCAUUUCCUGCAUGCCCCCACACCGGCCGGCCAGACCCUCACAAGCAUCUAUACCAGCUUCUUGCAUCUUAACUUCAGUGGGGAGAUGUUGGACAGCAGUGACCCCUCCAAGUUAUCCCUGAUGGCCUAUGCUGCCCGAACCAUGGGAAAGUUGGCUUACGAGGGGGUAUCUUCCCGCAAGACCUACUUCUCUGAAGAGGAUGUCCGUGGCUGCCUGGAGGCUGGCAUCAGGACAGAAGAGGAGUUUCAGCUGCUGCAUGUCUUCCGCUGGGAUGCCCUGAGAUUUUUUCUGGCCCCGUGCAUGGAGCCAGAGCGUCCAGGCACAUUUGUGUUCACUGUGCCUGCCAUGCAAGAAUACCUGGCUGCCCUCUACAUUGUCCUGGGUUUGCAUAAGACAACUCUGCAGCGGGUGGGCAAGGAAGUGGCCGAUCUUGUGGGCCGUGUUGGAGAGGAUGUCAGCCUGGUCCUGGGCAUUGUGGCCAAGCUGCUGCCAUUGAGGGCCCUACCUCUGCUCUUCAACCUACUUAAGGUGGUUCCACGAGUUUUUGGGCGCAUGGUGGGUAAAAGCCGUGAGGCGGUGGCCCAGGCCAUGGUGUUGGAGAUGUUUCGAGAGGAGGAUUACUACAAUGAUGAUGUCCUGGACCAGAUGGGUGCCAGUAUCCUGGGCAUAGAGGGCCCCCGGCGCCACCCAGAUGAGCCCCCCGAGGAUGAGGUCUUUGAGCUCUUCCCCAUGUUCAUGGGAGGGCUUCUCUCUGCCCAUAACCGGGCCAUGCUGGCUCAGCUUGGCUGCCCCAUCAAGAACCUUGAUGCUCUAGAGAAUGCCCAGGCCAUCAAGAAGAAGCUGGGGAAGCUGGGCCGGCAGGUGCUGCCUCCCUCGGAGCUCCUUGACCACCUCUUCUUCCACUAUGAGUUCCAGAAUCAGCACUUCUCUGCUGAGGUGCUGAGCUCCCUAUGCCAGCUCAACCUGGCGGGUGUGCGUAUGACACCUCUCAAGUGCACAGUGGUGGCAGCUGUACUGGGCAGUGGAAGGCAUGCCCUGCAUGAGGUGAACUUGGCUUCCUGCCAGCUGGACCCUGCUGGGCUACGCACACUCAUGCCUGUCUUCCUGCGUGCCCGAAAGCUGGGCUUGCAACUCAACAGCCUGGGCCCGGAGGCCUGCAGGGACCUCCGAGACCUGCUGCUGCAUGACCAGUGCCAAAUUACCUCCCUGCGGCUGUCCAACAAUCCACUGACAGCUGAGGGUGUGGCCUUGCUGGUGGAGGGGCUAGCAGGAAACACCUCGCUGACACACCUGUCCCUGCUACACACGGGCCUUGGGGACAAGGGCCUAGAGCUGCUGGCUGCCCAGCUGGACCGUAAUCAACAGCUACAGGAGCUGAACGUCGCCUACAAUGGCGCUGGUGACACAGCGGCCCUAGCCCUGGCCAAGGCUGCCUGGGAGCAUCCUUCCCUGGAGCUGCUACACCUCUACUUCAAUGAGCUGAGCUCCGAGGGUCGCCAGGUCUUGCGGAACUUGGGGGACAGUGUUGAAGGCAGUGCCCGGGUUGUGGUAUCGCUGACAGAGGGAACAGCAGUGUCAGAGUACUGGUCGGUGAUCCUCAGCGAAGUCCAGCGGAACCUCAACAGCUGGGAUCAGGGCCGAGUCCAGCGCCACCUUGAGCUGUUGCUACAGGAUCUGGAAGAUAACCGAGGAGCCACCCUUAAUCCUUGGCGCAAGGCCCAGCUGCUUCGAGUGGAGGGCGAGGUUAAGGCCCUCCUGGAGCAGCUGGGAGGCCCUGGACGCUGAGACAGUGGCAGCAGGCACCUAGCUGUGUAACCCCUAUCCCCAAACUUCUUCCCUCUGUGGCUUCCUGGCUUGUACUGCUACUUCUAUAAAGAUCCCGUGCCCUGGCUGGUGUGGCUCAAUGGAUGGAGUGCUGGCCUACAAAUCAAAGGGGCGCCUGUUCAAUUCCCAGUCAGGGCACAUACCUGGGUUGUGGGCCAGGUCCCCAGUAGGGGGCAUGUGAGAGGCAACCACACAUUGAUGUUUCUCUUCCUCUCUUUCUCCCUCUCCUCCCCUCUCUCUAAAAAUAAUAAAAUCUUAAAAAUAAAAUAUCCCUUCAUGGCUGGAGGCAAAAUACUAAGCAUAGCUCUAUCAGUGGCCCUCUGAACAAGCCCAACCAAGCCUCCCAAGUCCGGAAUUUCCAGGGUCAUGAAACAUGCCUCCUCUCCUUUGGGCUAGAAGGACAGAAGGAUAUGGCAUUUCCAUGAUUAAAUUGCCCUGUAGCACCACCACUAACCUUGCUUCUCUCUCCUCUCAAGGAGCCUCUGUGCCACCAGGGGGAGCACUACUUAUGUCCACUCGCCCAUGGGUGUCGCGCUGUCCAGAUGUGCUGGAGGGCUUCCACCCCUUGCCUUUAUACUUUCUGUGGACACUCAGGAUACCCAUAGCCACUUUCCUCUCUCAUUGGUGCUUCUCCCUAGCCGCAUGCUCCUCUUACCACAAUGGUACUUGUGCCCAGUGGUUCCUACCAGCACGUGCACUGACUUGUUGCUAUUAAAAAACUGUCUUCCACCUACUGUGGCCUUUUUGCCUGGUGCUUGCAAGGAAGCGCACUGUUCUCGGCCAUUCUGAUUAAACUACUGAUAACUUUUUGUUACAAAUAGUUCUUAGGUACUAAGUUGAAAGGCAGUGAGGGCUGCGGGGAUGCAUGAUAUUGAGGUGUGGAUAGGCGAUUCUGGGCUUAGCACUCCUGUCACCCUUUGCAUACAUUCUUACUUACCCCAGACUUGGAAUUAGGGAUCAGCAAUCUACCUUUCUCUGCACC